CCUGUUUACAAGUUUAAGAUGAAACCGAAACUGACUCGCUGAUUGUUGGACGCAACACGGUAAGAGCUGAAAACAAGUUCUGCAGUUUGAGGAUUAAUUCCACUUGUACAGCUGAUGGGGAUAUUCAGGGUUUCAAAUGUAAUGAGAAAGGGGGAGAAAUUCGCCAAGCAGAGGAACAAGAAGCAAAAACCAACUUUAAAAUCUGCAGGAUAAAAAAAAAGGCUGAAACAGGAGCAACUCUUCACCUCAAGUGUUUCAUACUGAUCAUCAUCUGCCCUGUUUGUCUGAGGCUCAGUGAUGACCUAAAAGAUGAGUGGAUCUGAUGAAGAAUCAAGUCAUCUGUCUCAGAAACUCAGUAAUGACCUGAAGAUGGCUGAUCCAGGGUCUGAUGAAGACUCAGCAUCUUUUGCUGAGAGUCGUCGCUCUAAAGACUAUCCUCUGUUCUUCAGCAUGGGAGAAGGAACAAGUGGUCACACAACACCAAGCAGUGGCCAGAACCUGGACACCUUGGAGGUGUUCGAGUCCAAAGUCAUGGAUUUUGUGAAGAAAGCUUUGAAAAUACAUAAGACGGUCCUUUCAGCAAAACACAAAGGAUUGUUUGAGGAAGACAAGCAAGAGGAUGUUGUUGAUGGAGCAUUAAAAAGUGAUGAUGAAACAAAUGAAGCAGCUCUGAAAAUUGCCCUCCAUAUCCUGAGGACCAUGAACCAGGAUGAAGAUGCUAACACACUGGAGCAAAAUCAUUAUGGAAGCCUCGCCAUUUUUCAACGUAAACAAAGAUCUUCCAUGAAGAAGAAAUAUGAGUGCUUGUUGGGGGUGAUGCAUACUCAGCAAUGGCCUGUACCACUGAAGAAGAGUUAUACAAAGCUCUGUCUUAUAGAGGGGGGCACUGGAGCAGUCAACAAUGAACAUGAAGUGAGACAAAUUGAGUCAACAUUCAACAGACAGAGGACUUUGGAAACUGUGAUCAGCUGUGAGGACAUCUUCAAGCCCUUACCCAAAAAAGAAAAAAUAAUCAGAGUGGUGCUCACCAAGGGGAUAGCAGGGAUCGGUAAAACUGUGUUGGCACAGAAGUUCAUGGUGGACUGGUCAGAGGAGAAGGCCAAUCAAGACAUCCAACUCCUGUUCUCACUUCCUUUCAGGGAGCUGAAUUUUCUCAGAAAUCAAAGAUGCAGCUUGAUGGAGCUCCUGUGGGACUUCUCUCCAGACCUGAAAGAAUCUGGACUCAGAGACCUGAACCUGUACAAAGUUGUCUUCAUCCUGGAUGGUCUGGAUGAAUGCAGACUCCAGCUGGAUUUCAGGGGCAAUGAGAAAUGCUGUGAUACUUCACAGAUGGCCUCGGUGGAUGUUCUGCUGACAAACCUCAUUGCUGGUAACCUGCUACCAAAAGCCAGUUUGUGGAUAACUACCCGACCUGCUGCAGCUAGCUGCAUCCCUCCACAAUAUGUGGACCGGGUGACGGUGAUAAGAGGCUUCAACAACCUGCAGAAGGAGCAGUACUUCCAUAAGAGAUUUGAAGAUGAAAACUUAGCCAAAAGAGUAAUUGCAAGCAUCAAGUCAACAAGAAGCCUGUACAUCAUGUGCCAUGUGCCGGUGUUUUGUUGGAUUUCCUCAAUUGUCAUUGGAAAGAUGUGUGCCAAAACAUCAGGAGGGAAAAUGCCCAAGACUUUGACUCAGAUGUACAUCCACUUCCUGACACAUCAGACCAACCAGAUGUGUGCCAAAUACUCUGAGAAGCAACAGCUGGGCUCCCAGGAGAAUAACAGAGUAAUUAUGUCACUCGGGAAGUUGGCCUUCCAGCAGCUGGAGAAGGGCAACCUGAUCUUCUAUGAGGACGAUCUUAGAGACUGUGGUAUUGAUGUGAAAGAAGCUUCAGUGUAUUCAGGAGUGUGCACUCAGGUGUUCAGGGAGGAAUCCUGGCUGCAGCAGAAAGUCUUCUGCUUUGUGCACCUGUCUGUCCAGGAGUUUCUGGCAGCUUUGUACGUACAUGUGAUGUACAAAUCCAGCGGUGUUAACCUGAUGACUAACCCAUCUGAACAGAUGUCCAGAACUAAGUCUGUAAUUGAACUGCACAAAAGUGCAGUGGACAGAGCUUUACAAAGCAUGAAUGGCCACCUGGAUCUCUUCCUGCGAUUCCUUCUAGGACUCAGUUUGGAGUCCAGUCAUGUUCUCCUCACAGCCCUGAAGAUAGAGCUAGAACCCAGUGAUUCCAAAAGUCACGAGGAAGCCACUGAGUACAUCUACAAGAAACUCAAUAUGAGCCUUCCUCCUGAGAAGUAUAUCAAUCUGUUCCACUGUCUGAAUGAGUUAAACGAACACUCUAUGGUGAAGGAAAUCCAGAACUACUUGGACUCUGACAGAGAUGAACUUGUGAUGGAUGGGAGCUCUCCAGCACGCUGGGCUGCUCUGGUCUUUGUCUUGCUGACCUCACCAGAGAAGCCAGAAGAGAUUCAACUCAAGAAAUACUCCAGAACAGCAGAAGGUCUUAUCAGGCUCCUGCCAGCUAUCAAAGCUUCCAGAUCAGCCAUGUUGAAUGAUUGUAACCUUACUGCAGACUCUUGUCAGAUGCUCUCCACCACUCUCAGUUCCAGCUGUAAUGAGCUGAAGCAUUUAAACUUCAGUGACAACAACUUAGAGGACUCAGGAAUCAAGCUUCUCUGCGACGGUCUCCAGAACCAGCAGUGCAGACUGAAAACACUGAGACUAAACCGAUGUGGUCUCACCCAGAGAUGCUGUGAAGAUCUGGCUUUUGUUCUAAGCUGUAGCUCAUCACAUCUUCAAGAGCUGGAUCUAAGUGACAACGACAUCGAAGACACAGGAGUGCAGUUUCUCUGCACAGGAUUGGGAAAUGUGAGCUGUAAACUGGAGAUCCUCAGGUUGUCAUUUUGCAACAUCACAGAGAAAGGCUGUGGUUUCUUGGCCUCAGCAGUGAAGUCCAACCCAUCUCACCUGAGAGAGCUGGACCUGAGCUACAAUCACCUGGGAGAGUCUGGAAAGACGCUCAUCUCUGACACUCUGGAGGAAGGACACUGUGAAUUUAUUAAGCUCAGAAUCGACCACAGUGCAGAACACUGGCUUACAUCAGGAUUGAGGGAAUAUGAAUGCGAGCUUACACUGGAUCGUAGCACGGCUCAUAAACUUCUUGUCUUCUCUGAUGGCAAUCAAAAAGUCACCUGGGCUGAAGAGGAGCAGCCAUAUCCUGAUCAUCAAGAAAGGUUUGACUACUGGGCUCAAGUCUUGUUCCAGCAGGGACUGAACAGCCGCUGCUACUGGGAGAUGGAGUGGGAAGGAAGCUGGGCCGGGAUUGGUGUGACCUACAGGGGCAUUGAUCGCAAAGGACCAAGCAAUGACUGUGUUAUAGGUUACAAUAAAUUAUCUUGGAGUCUGCACUGUUCUGUUCAUGGAUAUCGAGCCUAUCAUGAUUACAAGAGCACGGUCCUUCAAGUCCCUCUGGCUGGCUCUCACAGAUUAGCGGUGUAUCUAGACUGGAAGUGUGGCAUCCUGUCCUUUUACAGGGUUUCUUCUGGCAGGUCCCUGACACACCUGCACACCUUCUUUAACAAAUUCACUGAGCCUGUUUACCCAGUUUUCAGGGUUUGGGGUAAGGGGUCCGCACUGAAGCUGUGUCAGGUGAACUCAUCUGAAAGCAGUGAGGAAUAGGCAGUAAUCAGGUCUGGAAGGUUUUUCACUUUAAAUAAGUUAACAAGCAACGACCCAG